UCCUGGCUCAACCGUUGUCAACUUCACCUGCUACUUAACUUCGCUUCACACUUCUCCCGACCCUCCUCUACCAGACACCUUCAGUGAUUCAACCACAGCGUUGGAGUCACUUCUAAGAUUCCUCUUCUCGACUUUGCCAAUCUCAAUCUUCCAAAGUCACCGUACCACGGAAAUAUCGUCGCUCAAACAACAUAAUCCUUGCCGACAUCAUCAAGGCCCAAGGUGCACAUGAUGAAGCGAAAGCACUCAGCCACCGAGGUGAAGGAGCCGGAAGACCGCUACAUUCUUGUCGCUGUUGACUACGGAACUACCUUUUCGGGCAUUGCAUGGGUUCAGACCGCUCGGCCGGAAGUGCAGACAGCAAUUGUGCAAUGGCCGAACGAUGAGGGUUCGCUUGAGGGCAAGACCAGCGAAAAGGUUCCAACCGAGCUCUACUACGAUGGACAAGAGUGGAAAUGGGGGUUUGAAAUACCAGACAAUCAGCCACGACAUCAGUGGUUCAAGCUUGGACUGGAUCCGAACCACAAGAACCAGGAGCUUUCGCUCUUAGCAAUAGAUCAUCCUGAUGAGAAGGCUCUCCCACCAGCUUACGGGGACGAACCCAAUGAAGUCAAGUUGACUACGGCAUACCUGGCAAAACUCCGCAGUCACACCAUCAAGCUGCUGGGAAGAAAGUUGGGCGAUGCUCUUCUGAACACCACGAAGGUGCGCUUUACCAUCACAGUGCCGGCGAUUUGGGACGAUGCUGCAAAAGCACGUACGCAACAAUGUGCGACAGGCGCAGGCAUGGGUAGGGAGAUCCGGAUCAUCUCGGAACCUGAAGCUGCGGUGAUCUAUGCAUUAGAUGCGAUGGAUCCACACAAUCUCAAUGUUAAGGAUUGCUUCGUUCUGUGCGAUGCGGGUGGUGGCACGGUCGACCUGAUUUCAUACGAGAUUGUGAGUAAAACACCUUUCGUGAAGGUGCGGGAGACUGUGCCAGGCACUGGUGGGGCUUACGGAAGCAUUUUCUUGAACCGCAUAUUCAAGAAAUAUCUCGAGGAGAAUCUAAGUGACAUGGACGGCUUCGGAGACGACACACUCGAAGAUGCCUUGGCUGAGUUUGAAUCCACCCUGAAGCGCAAAUUUACAGGUGACGAAGAAAAGGUCGUGAUACGAGUUCCAGGACUAGUCGACAAUGCUGCCAGAGGUGUCAGACGUCAGAAGCUUACUAUCAAAGCAACCCUCCUCAAGGACAUCUUCCAACCUGUGAUGACUGCGAUCACCACUCUCAUCAAAAGCCAAUUGCAGCAAUGCAAACAGGCGAAGGCAGUAAUCCUUGUGGGAGGCUUUGGCCAGUCCCCCUACCUUCGCAAGUGUAUCGAAAAGGUGGUUGAGGAUGACAUCGAGAUCAUGCAGCCUGCAUACGGUUGGACUGCAGUUGUUCGAGGGGCACUGAUCAAGUCGCUUCAUGAUGCAGCGCCUGGCGCUACUAGAGUUGGCAUAACUACGCGUCGGGCACGCAGGGCAUACGGCACGACGAUCGCUGAUGCAUUCAAAUCACCGAAGCAUAUUGGACGUGACAAGUGGUUCGAUGGUCAUACUGGCGUAUGGAGAGUCAACGAGAUGAUUUGGUUCGUCAACAAAGGCGAUGAAUUGAACCAGUCUGCACCUCUUGAGACCAGUUUCUCUCAGACUCAGGAGGUCUCCAAGGGUUUGCUUUCGAGGGAAACUAUAGAGCUCUAUGCAUUUACUCCCCGUGGCGACGAGCGUUCUCCGGAAUAUCCAUGCGACGCCGUCAAACGCCUUGUUACGCUUAGGGCUGAUCUGUCUGCCAUAGCCGCGACACAGAUCCCAAGGGAGAUGGGAAAUGAUGGCAAACUCUACUAUGUCUUGGACUUCCAAAUCAAGGUUGCUUUCUUCUCAGCGCACAUGGAGUAUUCCCUGUGGUACAAGAAUGUCGAGUACGGAAAGGUCAAGGCUGAAUAUGCUUGACUGUGCCCGUGGCGUCAGACUCAGUAGCAUUGGCAUGACUGGAAUGGUAUUGGCGAGCACUUGGCAUAUUGGUCACAUGGCUUGGACAAGGACGCAUGGGCAACAGAUCACCGUUGGCGAAGAAUCGAAUGAUGAAGGUGAGCCGGGUGUACCAUCA